AGUUUUUUCAGACAUCUUAGAAGCUAAGCCGAACCUGUUCAAAAAUAUGUUUGCUAAAUCAAUUGAAGGACUCUAUCAAUAGAGCAGCUGAUUUUGACAAUUGACGUAACCUGAUUCGACUUGAAGGAACAUUCGAUGAAUAGGCAAUUUUUUAUUCAAUCUUGUUAUGAGGGUUGCUAGAAAUUAGGUCAUGAAGCAAAUUUCCUUCUUCUGUGUUCCAGUGAUUCCAGUAUACCCUCUACAAACUUGAAGCUCUACAACCAAACUACCUAUUCACCAUCUAAUGAAGAGAGAAAAGUAAAUAUAAUUAGAAAAUGGCAAGCAAUAUUCCAGACUUCAGUCAUUGUUGUGAAAUUUGUGGAUUAGAAGGUCUUUCAGAAGAUGAAUUUAGAAUUCAUACCCAUACAGCACACGUUGACGCAAAUGGUGUUUGCCCAUUUUGCGAAUUAUCAUUACCCAGUGUUGCAGAACUUAUUUUACAUGUUAACCAAGCACAUUUAGAUUUUUUGACACCAGAAUCCGAGCAAAAUAUAAGCUUUAUAGAUGAUCCUAGUCCUACUGAAUACGGUGGAGGAAUUAAUGGGGAAGACCACUGGAGCCUCGCUUCAUACUCUAGUCACAGUAACAGUACAAAAAAUGUAGGAUCCUUAAAAAGUAACAUUAAUAUAAAUUCGAAUCCUAAGGUGAAUGGUGGAGGAGAAGUUAGUCCAAAUAAAGCCAGCCAUGGACAUGGAUCUCCAUUACGUACCAAUUUAGAUCUUAAACUAAAAAAUUCUCCGUGCACUCUUCAGUGUCCAAUGUGCAAUUAUACGAGUACAAAUGCAUACAAAUUAGAAGAGCAUGUGAACAGGAGUCAUUUUGAUCUGAGUUCUCCUUCUGUUGAUGCCAACAUCACAUCGACCACAACAGAACAAUAUGUAUGUCCACUAUGCUCUAAAAAUUUUGAAACACCUCCAGAUUUAGAAUUACAUGUCAAUAUUGAACAUCGUGAUAUACUUUCGCCUGCCAGUCCAACGACUCAGUCCUGUCCAGUUUGUGGCAUUGCUCUUGAUGGUGAUAUAAACAGUGAAAAAGUCGUUAGACACGUUGAAUCUCAUUUUCCUGCUGGAUCUCCCCAACCAGCAGAGCGAGCGGCUCUUAGAGAAAGAGAGCAGCGGGAAUUCGAAAUGCUACAAGCUCAAUAUGGAAUGGAUAAUCAAGGGAAUUUUAAAGAACAGACAAUAACCAACAUGCAAAGAGCUGUUUAUGCUGGAGAAAUGAGCGUUUCGGAUUAUUAUGAAAGAACUUUAGAUUUAAGAGCAGCAGAAAGUUGUGGGAUUGAUGAUGGAAGCUCGGUAACGAGAAGUAUUGUACCUAGAGUAAGAGCAAUAAGCAAUAAUGCUACCAACGUGAUAAGAACUCUCCUAUGCACUUGUGUAGAUCACUAUGCUUCAUCGUAUGGUGAUAAAGGAUGGGGUUGUGGUUAUAGAAACACUCAGAUGCUCAUAUCUAGUCUGCUUACACACACAGGGUAUAAUGAAAAAUUGUACAAACUUUGGCAAGAUCAAAAACCACCGAGGAGUUCUGUUCCUAGUAUAUCCAGAAUUCAAGCUCUCAUUGAACAGGCUUGGGCACAGGGUUUCGAUAUUCAGGGAUCAGAACAGUUGGGAUGCCGCUUAGUGAAUACAAGAAAAUGGAUAGGUGCAACUGAAGUAGUAACACUUCUCUCGUUUUUUCGGAUAAAAUGUCAACUGGUAGAUUUUUAUAAACCAACCGGACCUGGCGGCUCCCAUCCCGAGCUUUUUCAUUGGGUUCUCAAAUAUUUCGAAAGCUCAAUUGGUGGAGAAUUUACACCACCUCUGUAUUUACAACAUCAAGGUCAUAGUCGUACAAUUAUGGGCAUAGAAGUACACAGAGAUGGUAGCUUAAUAUUACUAGUUCUCGAUCCAAGUCAUUCACCAUUACAAAUGGCAGAACUUGGGGACACUAAUAGUGCAUCGAAGGCUUUAAGGCUUUUAAGAAAAAAUGAAUCUGCGAUGAAAGCUAGACAAUACCAAAUAGUGGCUGUUAUAGGAAUGAUUGAAAGUGACCAACAAUACCAGCAAAGUAAAAUACUGCGGGGAUAUAGAAUACCACAGGAUCGGUGAGAAUGGCAUAAUGUCACAGUUAGGAACCUUCAAUCAAAUUUAUAGUAUUAAAUUCUUAUGAGAUCUAGUCACAAAUUCCAUCACUUCUGUUUCUUCUUUAAAGUACACGUUUGGAUUGUUAUUUAUUAAGGAAGUUUGUAAAUAUAUAAAUUGAAGCAUAUAGAUACAAUUUUAAAGACA